AUGCCGGGCUCGGCCAGCCGGGCUUGCGACGCCGCCAGCCGAGGGCCUGGCUUUGCCUACCUGGAGAUCGAGCAGGCGGAGAGGACCCAUGCGGUGGUGCUGAGCCGUCCCGCCUGGCUGUGGGGUGCUGAGAUGGGUGCCAACGAGCAUGGCGUCUGUGUGGGCAACGAGGGCGUCUGGACGCGUGAGCCUGUAGGGGAGGACGAGGCGCUGCUGGGGAUGGACUUGGUGAGUGACGUGGCUCUGCCUCGCCUGCCAGGUCACAUCACAGCGGAGACGUUCAUGGCCAUCCUGAGGGACAAGGCCAGCGGGAUCUGUGUGGACUCGGAGGGCUUCCGCACGGCAGGCAGCAUGGGGUCCGUGCUGCCCCGGGCCCCCGCCUUGCCCUGCGUCCACUUCUUCACGGCCACCCCUGACCCCUCCAGGUCAGUCUUCAAGCCCUUCGUCUUCGUGGCCGGCCUCAAGCCCGCGCCGCAGGUGAGAUCUCCCACCUUCCGUGAUGACCCUGCCAAGAAGAUCCCACGCUUCCAGAGCAUGGUCGAUCGGCGACAUGAACUCUACCGCCGGCAUCAGGCGGCGCUGGAGCUAAUGGAGAGGGACCAGGUGACGGUGGCCUGA